AUUUUAUUUACAUUUUCAGAUUCUUUUCCUGGAAACAUUCAUACUUUUUAUGCCUUGAUUAUCUAUAUAUUUUAUUCAAUUCUAAAUUAAUUUAUCCGUUUGCGUGUGCUACCACUGCAAAAAUAAAAAACAAGAUUUGAGAAUGCUAUCUAUAUAUACACACACAUCAGACACUUUAGCUGUUGUCCGAAUCUCCAAACAUCUAAAAAGAAAAAAAAAUUGAAAAUAAGAAAAAGAUGAGCUACAUGAGUAUCUCAGAAGAUGAGAAACUUUCCCAGAUCACCAAAGAUUUUGGGUCAGAUUCUUGCUUUUUCCAUCUUGAGUUGGGCUCAGAUUCUUGCCUUCCAUCACAGCCUCUUCAACUUUAUGAUAAUCCCACACAUUUCUCUCUCCAAGAGAUCAUGGAAGAAACCCCAGAAGCGGAGGCUGAGAUUUAUGGCAAAAUCUUGUUCUACUUGAGAUCAAUGAAAUCCAUGGAGAAAUUUAACACACUUAAGAAAUGGAUUGUUUACAAGUUGAACAUGGAUAACUAUGAAGCCCAUCUUUGCCAAACAUCAUGGUCUACCCCUUUUGGUCCACCUUCAGGGCUACGUGAGUUUAGGGGUGAAUAUGACUUUGUAGAGGUGAUGAUGAGAGAGAAAGAAGGAGAUGAUGAGAGAGAUAGGAAGACGAAGAAGAUGAGAGUGAUAGUUGACAUAGACUUCAGGACUCAGUUUGAGCUGGCAAGGCCAACACCAAACUAUCAAGAGCUGACAAAUGCACUGCCAUUGAUAUUUGUGGGGAGUGAGGAGAAGUUGGAGAAGCUGAUUCCUUUGAUUUGCUCUGCUGCCAAACUCUCCCUUAGAGAGAGAGGGCUCCACAUCCCUCCUUGGAGGAAGGCUACCUACAUCCAUUCCAAAUGGCUCUCUUCCAACUGCAAAAGAGUUUCAUUUUCUCAUAAGGUGCUGUUUGGCCACCAGCAUUCAGUAACUGGGAAUAUUGGGUGUUUUCAAAAUUUUGUUGCAGCUCAGAAAAUGGGGCAGUUUUGAUUGAUCAAGAAUAUUAAUUAAUUAAUUAUAUGAAGUUUUUUGUUUUGUAGAGGUUUUUGAUGAGGAUCAACUGAGUUUUUAGUUUAGGUUGAUUUCUUCUAUGUUUGGAGUUGGUUUAGUUUUUGGAGGUUUCUUGUUGAAUUAAUGGACUUCUACUUACAAAGGCUCAA